AUCGCUGCAGAAGAGAAUCAAAUUCAUCAUUCAAAAUCUAAGAAUUACAGAGGAGGGAGAGACGAAAUCAACUCAGUACAGAGAUAGUAAAACGAAACUGAGGAUUGAUGAUACGAGGUCGAAGGAUCAGAAUUCGUGAACCGUCGGUCUUCUUCUUUAGACUUCACACAGGCGAAGAAGGAGAGGAGAGAUGAGAGAGGGGAGGAGACUUUGACGCGUGUCCCAUAAGCGACGUCUCUUGCUUCCUUUGAUUAAGCGACGUUUCUUCUAUUAAAAUCUGUACCAAAUCGGUAACCGGUUAAACCGUCUAAAAAGAUAAGACGGGCUAUUCCACUUCAUCAUCCAUCUUCAACUGCAAAAUCAAAAGAUGAGGCUUCACUCAUCUUCUGCCUCUGCUCGCUGCUGCAACUUAUUUUGUUCCUCCCACAAGGCCAACGCAAGAGAAAGCGAAUGGAAGUUUCAAGUUCCUGUAAAGCACAAAGAUUUGGAGUUUCUGAUCAAGAGGUUUGCUCCUCCACUCACGGCGGUUCUUCUUGCGGUUUCACCCAUCUGUAAUCCUCCAGAAUCUCUAGGCCAAACUUUGGAUAUACAAAGAGGAGCAACAGUGUUUAAUAGAGCUUGUAUUGGGUGUCAUGAUACAGGCGGAAACAUUAUUCAACCAGGAGCAACGCUUUUCCCAAGUGACCUCCAAAGAAAUGGAGUUGAUACUGAGGAAGAGAUAUACCGUGUUACCUACUUUGGAAAGGGAAGAAUGCCGGGAUUUGGGGAGAAAUGCACGCCGAGGGGACAGUGUACCUUUGGACCGCGGUUGCAGGACGAAGAGAUCAAGCUUCUGUCUGAGUUUGUAAAACUCCAGGCUGACCAAGGUUGGCCAAACGUAUCUACCGAUUAGCUAGUAGCAACAAAGAUUAGUACAGUUUAAUACAGUAAGAACAUGCAUCAUUACAUUGAUGUUUAUGUGUACCUUUCAUGUCUAAAAUUCAAUGUAUGGUUGCAAAUAAUAUAACAAAUAAUAUGAGAAUUGGGACGCUUCAUUGCAAACAAA